CAAUCUCUCCUCUGUGACAAAGUUGUCAAUUUCACGAGAGGCACAUGGUGUUGAAUUAUUGAAGUUUGAAAUAAUUUCUUGUUUUGACCCUUGUUUUGUCGCAAAAACCAACUGAAAAUUAUGCAAGGAGGUUCACCAAUAAUAGUUUUAAGUAUGUUCUAUAUUAUAUUUAUUUUUUGUUGUUCUAUUACGCUGUAUUAAUGUGUUAAAAUGUCCGUUUCCUACAAAUCAACUUUGUAGAUCAGUCAACAAGACGAGAGUCUGGGCGUAAAGUACAGCUUGGAAAUGUACAAGCUGCAAAGGUACUCUUGGAAAUGUUUAUAUUUUUUAUAUUGUUUUAUUAUAGGAGACAUGUUAUAUUGUAUCAGUUUUUUUGUGAUAUGUUUUGAUAUGUUUAUUUAAUAUAUGAAUUAAAAGCCUCUUUUCCACAGAAGAACUAGCCUCAAAUGUUCUAUGCUGACUAGUGAAGUCAAUAAAUUUCUGCAUACCUACUGCCUCGUACCCCAGGCAUUUCUUUGUAAGAUAUUGGUUUGAAGCUGUUGUGGUGUCCCCGUCUUUUUACCUUUUUGUCUAACCUUCAAACAUGAGAAGCUUGGCACAUUUGCUACGUUUCGACACAAAUUAGGAAAGUACAGCAGAAGUGUAUAAACUUGAGUCUGUGUUUACGUCCACAAAAAUUUUAACUUGCUCACGCCAUCCUGGCUAGUACAGCCGUAAGGUUUUAUCAGAUUUUGGUAGGUACAAAGUGCCGGUUGUACUAGCAAAGGCUGGCGUGAUUGAUGACGAAUCGCUUGCAAAAACGCGGACAAAUACUUGCUUGAGUGAGACUUCUGGUAUACCUUCCUAUUCUGUGGUUUCAAUAUGUGAACUAUGCAGACCUCUCAACUUUGCAGAGAAGUUAAGAUUUUUCCCAUGAUUUUUCUCUGAACUUGCCCUAAAAAUAUUGAAAACACUUCAACAUUUCAAGCGAAGAUGCUAAACUCUGGACCAGGAUCGAGCCUUUGCUUACUGCAUGAUAUAGUAGCUAUAUUUUUGUUCUUUAGACAAUUGCAGACGUUAUUCGAACAUGCCUUGGACCUCGGGCAAUGUUGAAGGUAUGAAAUAGCAAUGUUGUACCAACAACUUGUCAACAGGAUGCCAACCCUCUAAAUUUGCCUCAGUGGCACUCGGCAAUUGCUGAGGCAAGUUACGAUUUUUCAUAGUUUGCCUCAGUGGCACUCGGCAAUUGCUGAGGCAAGUUACGAUUUUUCAUAGUUUGCCUCAGCAAAAAAAUGCCGAGGCAAUUUCACCCGGGUGAACAGGUGUUAUAACCUUGAAUUACAAACUACAGCGCCGGUUCUUCCCCUAAAAUUUACAAACUACAGUGUUCGUUUUUUGUAUCACUUAUUUGUUGGUUUUGUUGUCAUCGAUGUUGGGUGAACAACAGAAGAUUUCAUUCAUAGCUACUUUACAAAAUAUUUAAAUUUGAGCUUUUCAGCGUCAGCUUCGGUUGAAAUAAAGAACAAUCUUUAUUUCGUCACAAUUGUAGAUUGCCGACGUGAAUGCCAAAGGGGUAAUUGCCGAAGGAAUAUGAGGUGAUUUCAUUGUGUGCCUCGGCAAAAAAAAUUGCCGAGGCAAACUCGAAAAUUAUCGAAAGACUUCGGCAAUUAUUUGCCGAGGCAAAAAUAGUUGAAUUUCGAGGGUUGCCAUGUUUGCACUGUUUGUUCACAGCUUGUUAACAACUUGCCAAUGGUUUGUUGAGAACUUGCUACAAGGUUGUAGAACUCAAUAGAUGUAAUUGUUACAGGAUAUUCCAACAACUUGUUAUCGUCCUGCAAUUCAACAAUUUGUGAGUGACAACCUUGUUGCAACUUUGUGAAAUAACAGCAUUGUUACAUCUUGUUGACAAGUUGUGAGAUUUUUACAUGACUAUGGCAUAUAUAGAUUCAUAAUGAUAUAAGUUAUUAAUGAGUAUAAGUUAUUAAGCUGUAUAUGUUAUUUCAAGAUUACUGUUCUUCAGAUGCUGAUGAAUCCUAUGGGGGGCAUUGUGAUGACUAAUGAUGGCAAUGCCAUCCUGCGUGAAAUUCAAGUUCAACAUCCAGCUGCUAAGACAAUGAUAGAGAUCAGUCGUACUCAGGAUGAAGAAGUUGGAGAUGGGACAACCUCAGUCAUUAUCUUAGGUAUGAAUAUGACCCCCCCCUGACAUAUAUCAAUUUCAAGCAUUUUUUUGGGUGGGGUGGGGUGGGGGUGGGAGGUCAGCUUUUCCGUUUAUUUUCUGAUUAGGUCUCCAUUCACAAAUAUCUUGUGUUCUGAACGGGUAAUUGUUAUCGUUGUGUUGGACAUAUAUUGUGUGUGUUGACAUGUUAUAACUUUGCAGCUGGUGAAAUGAUGUCUGUGGCAGAACAGUUUCUUGAACAACAGAUGCAUCCUACUGUAGUCAUUGGUGCAUAUCGUCAAGCACUAGAAGAUAUUCUGAAAAUCAUGAAAGAAGACAUCAGGUGAGCAUGGUUUAGAACAGCUAGACAAAUAAGAUGUUUUAUUUUUGUCUGGUCCGUAAUCCCAGAUGUGAAUUUAGCCUUCUGAUUGGUUGACGAGAGGUCUGUAUCAGUCAAUACAAAUCUCCCACGCACGUUACUGACCAUGCUUUAGCCUUCUUGUAGCCUGAAAUUUCAUUCUUGGGAAACUGGAAAAUGUUUGGGUGCGGCUGCAGAGCACAAACACAACUGAUCUCAAAUCUAGUUCGUCUCACAGGAGAUUGUUAGGAAUUUAAUUAAGCAUUGUGCAAAAACAUAAAUAAGUUAUUUACCGUUAAGGUCGGCCCUGAAAAAUAUUUCCCCUCGGUCUCAGAAGUCUCUCUCGACCUUUGGUCUGUGGCUAUGUCUGAGACCUUUGGAAAAUAUUUUUCAGUACAGGCCUCCCAGUCGGUAAAUAACAUAAUUAUAUGCAAUUGAUUAUGUAGUCUUCCUGUUGAUGUGAAUGACCAAGAACUCAUGAGAAAAAUCAUCAAAAGUUCAGUUGGCACAAAAUUUAUCAAUAAAUGGUAAGUGUUUUAGAAUUAGGCGUAGUGGCCAUUGCAGUAGCUACAUAGAGGUCAGUAGCUAUAAGAAGUCCAGCAUUUAUAUAUAAUGGUCAGUAAUCAUGACCAAUCCAGGGGUACAUAGGUAUCAGUGUUUGUGUAUAGAGAUCAGGAGUGUCAGUGAACAUUGGUGACCAGACAUUGUAUAGAGGUCAGGUCCACUGCAGUAAUAGAUCAAUAGUGAUGGCUAUACUGGAGGGGCAUGUAAUAUGUGGGACUACCUGUCAAUAAUUAUUUGCAGUGGCAACUUGGCAAGUGACAUCGCAUUAAAAGCUGUCAAAACUGUGUUACGAGAAGAAAAUGAUAAGAAAGAGAUAGAUAUUAAAAAUUAUGCUAAGAUUGAAAAGGUAUCUAUGUUGUAUCUGACAUUUAAAAUGUUCGCUGAAUUUUCUGUAAUGCAUGUUCAGGAAUUAGAGCAGAUUUAAUCAAUUUUCACAUUUGACUAUUCGAUAUUGACAGGUUCCAGGAGGCACGUUGGAAGAGUCUUGUGUUUUAUCUGGUAUUAUGUUAAAUAAAGAUGUCACUCAUGCCAAGAUGAGAAGGUACUAUAUUGUCAAUUCCCAGCAUUAUCCACAAUCCAAAAUAUUUCGUCCUUACCACACAAAUAUCAAGGAUUUCUUGUUCCCAACAUUAAUGUCUGGAAAUUUGAAAAUUGUCUAAAUUUGAAAAUCUUCAUGGGGAGACACCGUUGUCAACCCCCCCCCUCUUGACAUAAAUAUCGCCAGAGAUGCAGUCAAACUACGCCUGAAGCCCUCUAACAAGCUAAUUAACUCCUGCGAAUUAAGAAUGCAACAAACUUACACACCAAUUGUUUUAAAUCCCUUAGUGACAUUUUCAACAUUCAAACUUGCAUGCUAUCCUUCUUGAUAAUAUCGUUCAACAACGAAAGCUAAGACGUAUACACCUUUAUAUAAUAAAGUGUAGUUUCUGGCCUCAUUUAAUUCAUACUUUUCUCUACUUGACAUGCCUUCAUGUUGGGAACUCACUGUCUUCUGUUUUAGGAAAAUUCUAAAUCCAAGAAUAGUUUUACUGGAUUGUCCUUUGGAGUAUAAGAAAGGGGAAAGUCAGGUUUGUUGAAUCGACAACCAUUUCAAAUGAGAGUUUUUACAUUUAAUCCAAGCCUUCUAGCUAUCAAAAUAUACUAACCUUAACAUUCACUACUGACGUUUCUGAUAAAUCACUCUAUACCAGCUGGUCAAAGCUAAAUGUUGUGAUCCUUGCAGACCCUUUGCCACAGGCAAACAUUCCUAUUUAAUUUUUAAAACAGCAUCGUUUUUCUCUUGGUUAGACUAACAUGGAGCUCUCUAAGGAAGAAGAUUUCACGUAAGUAAUGGCUUAUCUGCCGUCUUAUGAAUGCUUUUCAUUUAAUAAAUAACCAUGUGUGUGUGUGGUGUUUUAGACGUGCUCUGCAGUUAGAAGAGGAAUUUGUAAAACAGAUGUGUGAUGAGAUCAUAACAGUGAAACCCGAUUUAGUUUUCACAGAAAAGGGUGUUUCAGGUAAAGUAAUAAUAUUUCCUCAAUAUAUGCUAACUUCUUAGUUCACAGUUAAUUUAGCUGUUCAAACACAAUUAAACCACAACAGUUUGUUGUAUAGUACGACCUACACUGGACCACCACGUAUGAGAUAUCGUUUUCAGGUAGUUCAGACACAAACCACGACAGUUUAUUGUAGAAUACUACCUACACUGGACCACCGCGUCUGAGAUAUCGUUUUCAGGUAGUUCAGACACAAACCACGCCAGAUUAUUGUAGAAUACUACCUACACUGGACCACCACGUUUGAGAUGUCGUUUUCAGAUAGUUGAGACACAAACCAUGACAGCUUAGUUUGAAUACUACCUACACUGGACCGUCAUGUUUGAGAUAUUAAACAGUGGUUUAACAAAAUUUAGAUCUUGCUCAACAUUACUUGGUGAAAGCGAACAUUACAGCAAUACGCAGGAUAAAGAAGACGGAUAACAACAGGAUUUCAAGGUGACAAAACUCUUGACAAAAAUGUUUGAGCGAAGGUUGUCACGGGGGGAUGUUUGCAAGGUUAUAAAAAUUUGAACAAUUAUUGUUACUUAGGGCCUGUGGUGCGACCAUAGUGAACCGUACUGACGAGCUGCAGGAGUCCGAUGUUGGCACAGGAGCGGGAUUGUUUGAAAUUAAGAAGAUUGGAGACGAGUAUGUUGUUGAUCUUCUCGUGAAAGUAACAUUUGCUCUUAACUAAUUUUUCAUUCACUUUCAUGAUUUUCUCAGAUAUUUCUGUUUCAUCACGGAAUGUAAAAAUCCCAAGGCUUGUACGAUCUUGUUGAGAGGUCCUAGUAAAGAUAUUUUGCAAGAGGUAAGAAAACGAGGCUCUGUAGCCAAGGGUGUAUUAAUUAUGGAGUUCAUCCUCUACUGCAGUGGGUUGCAUGAAAUACCUACAUCAAGCAAUCAACUCAAUAUGGCAGAGCUUGGCUAGCUUUUGUUUCUCAACACACUUUUGUCCUGCAGGUUGAACGCAAUCUUCACGAUGCGAUGAACGUGACAAGGAAUGUGAUUAUGAAUCCUAUCUUGGUUCCUGGUGGUGGAGCUUGUGAAAUGGCUUUGUCUCACGUAUGUUCUGCUCUUCUGUCUAAAACCAAGACGUUUUCCGUUGUUGCUCACAGGCCACUUGUACGAACGCAGGAUAGCGCUAUUCACAACAUACAUCGAAUCAUAAUUUUGCUAUAACACAAAUCAAACUUUAGUGUUUAUAUAAAUCAAAAUUUAUUUUUAUUAUUUGUGAGGUGUAUAUUCGUAGUGUUACAAUUCUUCAAACGUUUUUACAACAAAAAGUCACUAUAUCUAGUGGAUAGCGUUGUCCUUCGUCCAAGACUUGUAUUGAUGUUGGGUGCUCCAGGAAUUGUUGACAUUUAAGGGAGCACGCGAAACAAUAGCAUGAAAUCGAGGCGGCCAAUGUAAACAGUUAGUUCUCAUUGCCAUUAAAUUCGAGAAGUGUCUAUUGCAGUAAGAAAAUUAACCUACACCUCUCAACUGUAUUUAUUUGAGCAAGUUUGAAACGCCAGGCUACCGCAUAUGAUGAAAGAAUUGAUAUGUUCUUAUUGCAAAAUAUACGCACAGUUAAUUAAUCACCUUAACCACAGACAAACAUUUCUUUUCAGGCUUUAACAGAGAAAGCAAAGUCUGUAGCAGGUAUACACCAGUGGCCAUACAAGGCUGUAGCUAGUGCUCUGGAGGUCAUACCUAGAACUCUCAUUCAGAAUUGUGGUGGUAAUGUCAUUAGAACAUUAACGGCGCUAAAGGUAUUGUGGAUGUUAUAUAAUGUGUUAUAAACACAUUUAACCAUGGAACUGAUACACUAGGAUCACCUUAUUAUAUAUGCAUGAACUUGCCGUUAGAGUUCGACAAGUGGCUUCUUUAACUCAUGAGGUUGGUUAGAGCCGGGACGUUUAUGUAUAGGACGGUGAAACGGCAAUAGGCGCGCUCAUCGAUGUGUGUGAUGCAAUAACAAGCGUCCUGUUGUUACCAUGGCGACGUUGUCUUGACCAGAUAAACACAAUGAACUCAAUUUAUUUUGCUUUACAAAAACACAGAAUAAAGACGCACAGAAGCCCGACUUCUUGGUUUUUCCUAUGAUUUUGACGUAACCGUAAUUUGUCAUCAAAAUACUGACGCCAAACCAGUGUGUUUAGGAGGAGCAUUCACCCCCCCCCCCCUCUCAUGAAAAUAUUCAAAAUGGUAGACGUCUAGGGGAGGGGGAAUACCUCUCAUAAGCGCGCUAGGACCAGGUAGCAGUUACGCUUUUUUGACUGAGUCGACCUUCUGUGUGUGUUUAUUGUAUGACAUGAACACAAUGAAUAUUUCAGGCUAAACAUGCAACUGCUGGGAAUCAUACUUGGGGUGUGAAUGGUGAGACAGGGAAACUGCAAGAUAUGACAGAACUUGGAGUUUGGGACACUUUCUCCGUCAAAGCACAAACUGUUAAAACUGCAAUAGAGGUAACUAUCAUAAACCAUGAUUUUCUCUUACCGAUGACGAUGUAAAUGACUCGCAUGUAAAGUCAAGAAACGUUCUUAUGUCACCAAGUCACAUUACUCUUUCACUCACCUCCGCCAAAAAGAGAAAAAUUACUGACGUCGAAAACCGUGCUGUAUUUGUUAAAUUUUGUUUCCCACUUCAGCUUCGUAUACACUAUAUCAAAGUUUCUGUCAUCACUGCAGGAAUUUCGCAUUGGUAAAUUCUAAGUUUUGAAGGAUUUGUAAGAAAAAGAAAUGACUUUGUGUUUUAUAACAAACAUACUUGCCGGGAUUGGACGCACCGAGGGUGGCUGCAAGAGUAUGAGAUAAAACACUCAGGCAGUUCCCUCAAACAUUUCAAAACUUAGAAUUUGUAAAAUUCCUGUGCUUCAUGCGUCAUUGAUUUCUGUAUUUUCAGACGGCCAUAUUGUUGCUACGUAUUGAUGAUAUUGUGUCUGGUACGAAGAAAAGUGAAGGUCGUGAAGGGACUCAGUCGGGUGCUCAGCCUACAGCUGCCUCCAUGGCUGACUAACAGAACAUUAUACAUCUAGAAAAGAACUGUAUGUAGAAGAUACUAAUAAGAUUUAUUAAAAAUAA